AUGACAUCAAUGACAUGCCAAAUAAAAGUUUUAAAGAAAAGUUUUAUAUCUUGUUGAAAAUGUAUAUGUUUAAACACUUUAAACUUAAUAAUAACUAUAGUAUUCAAAAAUCAUACUUAUACGCGACUAAUCGUGUAUGAUGUUACUAAAUCAUAUCGUUAAAACAUCUAUUUAACCGCAUAAGAAACUCGUGCAAUGGAAGACGAUUUCUUUGCUUCUAACCUGAUGACAGUGAAAAAGGAGCCCCCUUGUGAAAUUGUCCCCUGCGGAGUGAAACAGCAGCCGCCAUGUGAGAUUGUCCCCUGCGGAGAACAGACACAGCCAGGUGUACCGGUCAAGCUGAAGGACUGUUGUGUGAAGCUUGAACGUAUUGAGGUGGACGAAUUCACCGGCAACAUCGCCAAGGGCCGAGACAGCCCCAGAAUUGAUGACGAUUAUGAAACUGAUGACUCAGUUUCAUCGAGUGGGAGCGACAGCGAGUCCGGACUGUCAGACACAACGAGCGAGAGUCAUGAAAGUACUCGGACAACUAAAAAGAAGUACCCAUGCCUUAUAUGCAAAAAAGUGUUCACUAGACGAUAUAAUUUAAAAAACCAUGAAGCUACACACACUGGGGAAAAACCUUACUCGUGCGACAUCUGUAAAAAAGCUUUUUCGCAUUCUAGUAAUUUAAAAUCACAUCAAUACAUCCAUACAGGGGAAAAGCGCUACUCCUGUCAAAUAUGUCACAAGAAGUUUGUAUACUCGAGUCAAUUAAAGGCGCAUGAACAAGUUCAUACGGAUGUGAAGGCGUACAGUUGCGUAUUAUGUCAAAAAACCUUUAAAACAUUAUCUACUUUGAGGACGCAUGAACGCAUACACUUGGGGAUUAAACCUUACUCCUGCGAAUUGUGUAAAAAGAGAUUUACGCAAUCGCAGCAAUUAAAAGCACACGAACAAACACAUUCAGGAAUUAAGCCUUACUCGUGUGUUGUGUGUAAACGAGAGUUUCCAAGAAUAUACAGUUUGAAGGUUCAUGAACUAAUUCACACGGGAGAGAAGCCUCACACUUGCGAAGUAUGUCAGAAGAACUUCAAAACCGUAGAACAUUUAAAGAGACAUAAACGUGUACACUUAGACAAUAAUAAAACUUACUCGUGUGUUAUAUGUGAUAAAAAGUUUUCACAAUCGAGCAAUUUAAAAACACACGAGCGAAUUCAUACUGGAGAAAACCCUUAUCCUUGUAAAAUAUGUAAGAAGGAGUUCAGGACAUCGGCUUCCUUAAUUGUACAUAGACGAACCCACACAGGAGUGAAACCUUACGCAUGUGAUCUGUGUGAUUAUAAGAGUACACAAUUAAACCAUUUGAAAGCUCAUAAGCGUGUACACUUAGGGAUUAAACCUUAUUCAUGUGUCGUGUGUGAAAGAAAGUUCUCGGACUCGGGUCAUUUAAAGAAACACGAAUUCCUUCACACUGGAGAGAGGCCUUAUUCCUGCCAUAUAUGUCAGAAAAAGUAUACAAACACUAGUCAUUUGAAGAGACAUAUACAAGCUUAUAGAAAUAAGCCUAACGCGUGCGAAAUCUGUCACAAGAAAUUCUCAACGCCAAGGACUUUCAAAAGACAUAAUAGGAACGUACACAAAUAAAUGUAUCUUAAUUGUAAAUUGUAUCUAAAUUUGUAGUUGUAAAUUGUAUCUAAAUUUGUAAUUGUAAAUUGUAUCUAAAUUUGUAAUUGUAAAUUGUAUCUAAAUUUGUAAUUGUAAAUUGUAUCUAAAUUUGUAAUUGUAAAUUGUAUCUAAAUUUUUAAUUGUAAAUUGUUACCAUAACUAAUGUUAAUACCUAGUUGGUUACUAAGUUCUGUUACUCGAUUUUGUUACUUACCAAUAGUGGAAUAGCGGUAUUCCACUAUUGGUAUUGGUUGGCAGUCGCUUUCGUAAAAACUAGUGUCUACGCCAAAUCUUGGGAUUAGUUGUCAAGCGGACCCCAGGCUCCCAUGAGCCAUGGCAAAAUGCCGGGACAACGCGAGGAAGAAGAGUGGAAUAGCGGUAUUUAGAAUACUUAAAAAGAGAUAACAGCAAAAUUAUAGAAACAUUGUAUGCUGCUAAAUCAAUAAUUGUAAUUUUUUUUAAUUUAAUUUAAAAACCUUUAGCCGUGGAUAUUUUAUUUUAUAAAAAAAUAUGAUUAUAAGGCGAAAUAAACAAAAAUAUCCAAAAGGUUCUUGAACAUACAAUUCACGAAGGUUAGCAAACGGGGGAAGACCAUUUUUUUAGGUAAGCUAACUAUAAUAAAUAAAUAAAUAAUAAAUAUUAAUAAAUAUUAUAGGACAUUAUUACACAAAUUGACUAAGUCCCACAGUAAGCUCAAUAAGGCUUGUGUUGAGGGUACUUAGACAACGAUAUAUAUAAUAUAUAAAUAUUUAUAAAUACUUAAAUACAUAGAAAACACCCAUGACUCAGGAACAAAUAUCCAUGCUCAUCACACAAAUACAUGUCCUUACCAGGAUUUGAACCCGGGACCAUCAGCUUCGUAGGCAGGGUCACUACCCACUAGGCCAAACCGGUCGUCGAAAUAUAGUGAAACUUAUAAUAAUGUAACUUCCUAACUUACUGUUGUGACGCAGCGACCCGAAGUGGAUCUUGGCCUCCGACACCAAAGACCGCCAUGCUUCUCUGUCCAGUCGACGGCGCCGAGUUCGCUAAGGUUCACGUAGGUAGGUUUCACGUUUCUCCAGUGGUACCUAGGGCGUCCAGACGCUCUUCGAAAGCGGUUACCGUAGCCUAUGGAUGCCUGCAACUCCAGAGUUACAUGCGCGUUGCCGACCCUAACACCCCGCACCCUGGUUGAGCUCUGGCAACCUUACCGGCAGGAACAACACUAUGAGGGUCUAGUGUUAUUUGACAAUUUUAUCGGAUUGGCUAAAAAUCGCUUCGUCUGGACUGGCUGAUUACUCUGGCACAGCAGCGAUCUUAACAGGCGGCAAAAUUAAAAAAAAAUGGUGCGAAAAGUUAACUACCCAUAGAAAAAUUCGGAUUUCGCGCCUUUUUCUACUGACUAGUUGGGUCUGUUUUACUAUAUUAACUGUACUGUGACGGUAUGAUUUCUCGUAAGAUUAAUAUAAAUAAUAAUAAUAAUAAUGUUUGACGACCGGUCUGGCCUCGUGGGUAGUGACCCUGUCUAUGAAGCCGAUGGUCCCGGGUUCAAAUCCUGGUAAGGGCAUUUAUUCGUGUGAUGAGCAUGGAUAUUUGUUCCUGAGUCAUGGGUGUUUUCUAUGUAUUUAAGUAUUUAUAUAUUAUAUAUAUCGUUGUCUAAGUA